AUGCCUCCCAAACAAAAAUCCGCCAAAGUAUCCAAGGCACCAAGGAAGAGCGGCGCAAGAGCAAGCGACGUCCAACGCGACCCGGUCCCGCAAGGCCGCAAGCGGAGAUACCGUCCCGGCACGCUGGCGCUGAAAGAAAUACGACGGUACCAGGCCAACACAGACCUGCUACUCCUGAAGCUUCCGUUUGCGCGUGUUGUUCGAGAGAUUGCCCUGCAAUGCCGGCCCAUGGGCGAGGAAAUGAGGUGGCAGUCGCAAGCCAUCCAGGCGCUCCAGGAAGCCGCCGAGGCCUUCCUGGUCCACCUCUUCGAGGACACCAACCUAUGCGCCAUCCACGCCAAGCGCGUCACCAUCAUGCAGAAGGACAUCCAGCUGGCGAGGCGGAUCCGCGGAGUAUGGGGAGGCGCCGGGUGGAUCUAG